AUGCCCAAGCCCGUGCGCAAUGUCAUCAUCGGUGGAGUAUUGCUCCAUCUAGCGCUAGGGACCCUCUACUCUUGGGGAUGCGUGCAACCCUAUGUGACGUCCUAUAUCAGGCUGCACGAUCCCACGGUAACAAUCCAGGACACCAGCAUCGUUUUCGCCUUCGCCGGUCUCGGACACUCCCUCACCUCACCGUUCGUGGGCCUCCUGCAAGACAAGAAAAGGCUAGGGCUACGAGGUACCGCCGUAGUCGGCGCGAGCCUGGUGGCUCUGACGACACUCGCCUCCUCGAUGGCGACUUCGGUGUUCGAACUCGCAUCUCUCAACGCGGUCUUGGGCGUCGGCGUAGCGUUCGCUUACACGUGCCCGCUCGUGAGCGGCUACGCGCUGAUGCCGGAUCGGAAGGGCACCGUUUCGGGCUUUGUGGUAGCGGGCUUCGGAGCAGGCGCGGCCGUGUUCGACGCGGUGGCAACGGCGGUCGUCAACCCCAGCAACACCCCUCCCGACCCCGCCACGGGCUACUACGGCGAGGAAGUGGCCGGUCGCGUUCCUUCCAUGUACAUGAUUCUGGGAUCGUGCUACCUUACACUGGGCCUCUUCGGGUCCUGGAUGAUCGCAAACCCUCCAGACGAUGAUGUCCGAGGGUCUUCCCAACGAUACCCGCGCGCUUCUUGCGACGCCGUCCGCUCUUCGGCGAACAGCGACACCGUCUGUGGGAGCAAUAGCAACACGAGCGGAAUCGCUUACCGCGGAAGGACUCCCCACCGCCGUGAUUGCAGCGAAGAGAAUAAUGGCGCCUGCGAGUUGAGAAACGUUGUCGGGGGAGCGCAGCCCCGACUAGCGUCUCUAAGCUCCUCGCCGUUUCUCGCGAUGGAAACCGGCGACGAGGAAGGACAAGUACAAGGCCAAGGGCAGGAAGGAGAUCGACGAAAACACUUCAACCUGAUGCUGCCAGUGAAGAGCGCCAGCGUUUGCAGCUCUGCCGCCACGGCAGCUGUGGACCCGCUCUCGCCCACAAAGAACGCGACGUUGGCAAGAGGGGGUGGCGGUGGAUAUGCACCCAUCCAACAGGAGCAGGAGCACCAGUACGAGCCUAGUGAUUUGGACGCAAAGAAGGUCGCCACCAACAAAAACACAGCAGUAGCAGCAGCUGCUGCUGCUGCUGGGGAGAGACAGCUGGAAGUGUGGGAAUUGUUGCGGGAAAACGAUUUCUACCACCUCGCGGCGACGAUGCUGUGCACGGCGGUGUCCGGGUUGUACAUCGCAGGCAACUACAAGGGCAUCGCACGAGAUAUUUUCCCAAACGCCGACCGCUUCCUCAGCAUCCUGGGCAGCGUCGCGUCCCUGUUCAACGCUUCGGGCCGCGUCAUCGGGGGCUUGUCCGUGGAUCGGUUCGGGUGCUUCGCAACUUUGUUGGUGCAGGCUGGCUCUGCGACGUGCUUGCUGCUCAUCCUUUGCCUGGUGCAGGCCAACAGGCCAUCGUUUUUCGUGGCCAUCUGCCUCAUGCACUCGCUUUACGGCAGCAACUUCGCCAUCUACCCGACCCUCGCGGCCGACUUAUUCGGCGCAACCACCGCCGGACCGAACUACGGCCUGGUCUUCAUGGUCUUUGGGGUCGGAUCUUUCCUUUUCAUGCUGUGGCUCGCCACCGAAGCCAAGACGAGCGGCCAGAUAUUCCUAAUGUGUGCGUGCAUUUCUCUCUCGGGGACUGCCAACGUCGCGCUGCUCUGGUCACGCCAGCGGCGCCACGGGAAGCUGGCGACUGGAUACGUCUCGAGUGUGCCGUAA